AUGAAACCCGAUAAUGGUAUUCACGAUGUCAUCAUUAUAGGCGCUGGACCAUGCGGCCUUGGAGUUGCCGCCCGUCUCCACGAGGAAACGCCUUCGGCUUUGUUCACCGACGAAGAACAUCAAAGAUACCAUUGGAUCAAAAAGCACACGGGUCGAAUGAAGCUUGUUCAAGCAGGCCACGCCAAGAUUAAUGGUUCUCGAGCUGAGAAGUGGAAUCGGGGUCAGAAAUGUGCGUGCGACAAUGAACAGGACAAGGAGCGGCGAGGAUCUACGGAUUCGGCAUCUUCGGUGCCUUCACUCUCGUCUGUCUCUUCGGUCUCCUCGGAUGAUUCUAUUUCAACGCUUGUGCUGGACGGCUCGGGGGAUCAGUGGAUGCAAAGAUGGAACAAUGCAUUCAAGACCCUAGAGAUCAAGCAGUUGAGAAGCCCGAUGUUCUUCCAUCCCGACCCUGGCGAUAGAGAUGGAAUGUUGGCAUAUACACAGGAAGUGGGCCGAGAAGAUGACCUGUGGGAGAUUUCUGGUUGCGUCGGGAAAGAAAUGAGCAAGCAUAAGAAGAAGAAGAGACGGCAAGGCGGAAAGUCACAGACUAUUGGCGGUGUCGAGAUCGAUGAACGUGACCGCAAAGACUACUAUUCUCCGUCAACAGACCUUUUCGCCGAUUACUGCGCAUCUAUUAUCAAUCGAUAUGGUCUGAACGAACCGAACCUCAUCCAGAAACAAGAAGUUGCCGACAUCACGUACGGUUAUCUCCCCGAGGAUAAAGACACGCCGAUAUCCAACUCGAAGACCUUCACAAUUACUACUACAACGGGCCAAAAGUUCUAUAGCCGAUCGACUGUGCUUGCUAUUGGAGCCGGCGGAGCCGGCGUAUCUAAGAUCUUCCCUUGGAGCCCCAGAAGCGAGGAAGAAGGUGCUUCGGCAUGCUGUCAUAGUAUGGAGAUCAGGUCGUUUCCGAGCCCCAAUGUCCGUCGCAAGAUUCUACACCAUCAGGAAACCAAUGUGGUGGUUGUAGGAGGUGGUCUUUCAUCAGCACAGAUUCUGGAUAUGGCUGUACGCAAGGGUGUCACCAAAGUAUGGUUCCUGAUGCGCUCUGGAAUGAAAGUCAAGCACUUUGACAUCAGUCUGCCGUGGAUGGGCAAAUACAAGAACUGGGAGAAAGCAGCAUUCUGGUCAGCGGAUACCGACGAAGAACGUCUGGAAAUGAUAAAAGUCGCCCGCAACGGAGGCAGCAUCACGCCUCGCUACGUGAAAAUAGUCAAAGACCACGCAGCACACGACCGCGCAUCUAUCCACACGCAUACCACCAUCACGAGCCAUAAAUACAACGCCGAAACUCAAACGUGGGCACUGACCACCGAUCCGCCGAUCCCUAACCUGCCUGCAAUCGACUUUAUCUACUUCGCAACCGGAGCGCGUGCCGACGUGACUGAGAUGCCACUUCUAAGCAACAUCAACAAGGAGUAUCCUAUUGAAGUAAAAGAAGGGCUGCCAUGCCUAACUGAUGACCUCAUGUGGCGGGAAGAUGUCCCCUUAUUCAUGACGGGAAGGAUGGCAGGAUUGCGCUUGGGACCUGGUGCCCCGAACCUCGAAGGGGCCAGGCUAGGAGCAGAACGAAUCGCUUGGAGCCUGGAAGAUAUUCUGGAAAAGAAAAGGGAGGUUGGGAAUCAGUGUGCCGUCGAAGGGUUUUGCGGGCUGGGUAACCGGUAUGCUUCGUUGGUUGGUGAUGCCACCGAGUAG